AGCUGUCAAACGGAUUAGCAGCAACAACAACAACAACACAGUUCAAAAUAAGAAGCGGGAUGUGAUAAAGCAAGAUUUUUGUGAUUUCAGCGUCAGAAAUUGUGAGAUUUAUGUGAUAUUUGUGCAAUGCCGUGAUUAAAAUUCAUCACACGACGUGCUCAGUGCUGAUUAGUUAGAAAUAUUUAAACUUAAUGCUUUGUGCUGAAUAAUUUGGUGAUAUCUUUCGUGUUGGAUACAGUGAUGACAUGAACAAACAUUCGUUGCAGAUAAUAUGUAAACAAACAAUUUCAGAUGUUAUGGGGAUCUAUAAGUGCAUUCCAAAUGUCUCAUGUUGUUCUGAAACAUGCGGUUUGUUGGAAAAAGGAUCAUCCCUAAGGUAGCGGCCUCUGGACUUGAUUUUAUUUUCAGUCAACGAGGGCAUCCUUUGCUUGUUGUCGACAACUAUUUGUACCGCAAAAACCGAGGAAACUACUGGCGCUGUAUCCGAUGUACCAAAUUCAAGUGUCGCAGUCGGUUGAUUGUUAAGCCGGGCCAGGUGCCAGUCUGCAUCGAGAACCACUCGCACGGACCGGAAACGGAGAAAAUCAACUGGGGCCGGACGGUGAUGGAAAACGUGAAGUCCCAGGAGCAGAAUGAUAUUGUUUUUCGGAUGCGGCAGCCGCAUUGCAAAGUUGAAUAUGUGAUGCAGCCGAAAAAGAAUUGAAUAUACAUAUUUACAAUUCUAUUACCUCUGAAACAUUUUAUUAUUUCAUUGUUUUACCGCAUCUAAUCAGAUAAAGUGUUCAAUGUUUAAUAACUGUUCUGUACCGUUUCAGACACAUCGAUCCCAUAUUGUCCGCCAGCGCUGGGUGAGCGGAAUCCAACACCGAAAGUGUGGUACUCAUUUCCGCUGUGCUACGUGAUGAACCGGCGCGGAACUAUGAACCUCCACUUCCGGGGGUAUAUUUACAUUCAAAAGAAGCGACACAACCGAACGAUGAACUGGAUCUGCAAUAAGAGCAACGCGGCGCAAUCGAGCUGCAAGGCGAGGAUUUCCACCGAGGGCAAUAAUAAGAUUCGCUUUGGGGUGCACUGGCACAAUCACGGGCCAGUGGAUAUGAAUGAGCUGUUGUGAAAUAAAUUCGUUAACUCCGACGAUUACAGAAUAAUUUGAUCAAUGUGGUAUUUUUUCAGUUGAUCGUUGAACACCACAUAAAGAAAAUUAUUCUGCUGAAAUAAUAAAAUAUGUUUGUUUUCAUUUUCAUUUCAGUAUCAUUCGAACAACUAGAGACUGGCGUUUGGUUAAAAAAUCCUUACGACCUUGUACCGAGCAAAAAAGGCGGUGAGAAUUUAGUGUUUUUCAAGUUUGUCUACCUAAAGGAAGCGACAUACAAGACCUCCAUUAACUGGGUCUGUAAUCGCAAGUGGGCUGAACGCUGUAAAGCAAGGCUAAUCGAGAACAUCUUGACGACGGAGGUGAAACUGGGGAAGUUUGGUCAUAAUCAUCCUCCACCGGUUAUCAAGUAUCCGAAAAAUAGUUGGAAUAGGCUGUUUAAAACAAAUUAAAAAUAAAAACUCGUGCGAUAGUAACAUUUUGCUAGAAUUGACUAUAGAAAAUACUAAAAACCACUAAUUUUUGUGGGGAUAAUACGAGGAAAGUAGUAGCAGAUCUUUCUUAGUUAUUCAUAUUUGACAGGAUGGUGCUAAUGAAAAAUAUCAAACUGAAAGACAAAGGCACUGCCCUCAUUUUAGCAUCAUCAGUAACGAGAUCGUCUACACUGGAAUGUAACCAUGAGAAUUUCCGAUUCGGAAAGUGUUGGGAAAUAAAGGGAAUAGCUGGACGUUAGCGACGAUGUCGAUGAAGGUUGUUUAAAUUAAGGUUGUACAUUUUUCUCUUUGUAUUGUUAGAAUGGGUGUAAUAACUUUUAUGUUAAAUGGCAAUAACCAAUACCGAAUGACAUGAUGACUUGCUAGCUUUACUGAAGAAAUUGCCAAAUAGCUGUAGACAGUGUCGACUUCAAUGAUGUACUAGAAUAUGCAUAAAACAAGUAAUAUUGUGAGACAUAAUAGAAUAUGGCCAUAUACAAAAACUUUUUAUCGGACAUACAAUACAGCUGACUUGGUCGGCAUGUUUUUAAGUCAGAUAGAGAUACGCGUAACGACGACUUCCGGUAGAGAGAGUCCUGCCGUAUGCUUAGACCAACAAUAUGCUCGAUCCCAAUUCCUUUUGAAUUCAAACGUGUAAACUAAAUUUCACCAGCUUUAAGCGGGUAUUCAAAAAACCCUUAGCCAAAAAAUAAAAAUCUACUAAAAUAAAUUAAUGUAAUUUAAUUCUUUUUAUUUAUUCAGGAACGGCCAAUCAUUCGAAAACGACUGACUAAUCCAAUUAUUUAUUUCAGAGUCAGAACUGAAACAGGCUUAGAAACUGCAGUGAUAAUACUGAAAUGCUGCAUAAAUCAUUAUUGCUUGGAACGAUAAAUAAGUUGCACCGCAAUGAUCAAAGAACAUUGCAUAAUCAAAUAUUGUCCAUUCCGGUAAUUCUUUCUCUCAAAUGUAGAACAAACGGGCAAUAUAAACUUAUUUUUCUACAUAAAAAUGCGUUUCAUUUUGGAAGAUAUGCAAAACCUUACUAUCGUUUUCUAAUCUGUAUCAUUUUUCCACGUUUCAGAAAUCUAUAUGACCAAAACGAGCCGCGGUCGCCCGGCUCUGGUCGUCGAUGGCAACAAGUACGUGAUCAUGUCGGAGAAUGACGACCGCAUCAUUUGGCGCUGCUCGGCGAUGGCCAGCAGCAAACUGAAGUGCCCGGCCCGGGUGAUUCAGUACAAGGAUCCCGAGGAUUAUGAGAUACGUAGCAAAGAUCACGUCCAUGCACCGGUGAAGCCGAAAAAGGCCGCUUUCGGUCCGGAUAUGUACGCCGUCGUGGAUUGAGAUGCGCGCGUAAAUGUGUUGAAGUGUUUCAUUCGCCAUAAAUCGUAAAGCUUUUCUUUCUAAUAUUACUGACUAUCUUAAUCUUUGGCUGGUUUAUCUGAAUUUGUUUAAAAAUAAAUUCCCUGGAAUAACACA